AAGAGAGAAUGAAGAUGAUUAUGAAGGAGGAGGAACGACAGAAUCAGGAGAAAGAGGGAAAGAGGAGAGAAGCAGAGUUCAGAGAGAGAGAAGAGCGAUAUAAAAGACUGAUUAAAGAGAGAGAGCAGAAGGAGAAUGAACUGAUAGAACAGAUGAAGCUGGAGCGAAUGCAGAAACCGGCACUACAGGACAGACUGAGGAGAGAAGAAGAGAAACAGAAAGCUAAACUUCAGAAGAGACUCCAAAGGACACUUAGAGAACAGACAACAGGUGCUGAUUGUUCAGAAGAUCAUGAGUGCCUAAGGAUUGUGCUGAUUGGGAGAACAGGAAAUGGAAAGAGCGCAACAGGAAACACUAUUCUGGGAAGAAAUGAGUUUCUCAGCCAAUUAAGCAUGGAUUCAGUGACGACUGUUUGUGAGAAAGGAGUUGGAGAAGUUGAUGGUCGAUCAGUAGCUGUUGUUGAUACUCCAGGACUCUUCGACACAACACUGACAAAUGAUCAAGUGGUGGAAGAAAUAGUGAAGUGUGUUUCACUGUCAGCUCCUGGACCUCAUGUGUUUAUCAUUGUGGUGAGUUUAGGAAGAAUAACUAAAGAGGAGGCAGACACUAUAGAUCUGAUUAAGAAGAUAUUUGGUCCAAAAUCUGCUCAGUUCAGCAUCGUUCUGUUCACCAGAGGAGAUGAUCUUAAAGAUCAAUCUAUAGAGGAUUAUGUGAAGAGAAGCAAAUCUGCAGAACUCCAGAAACUGAUCAGAGAUUGUGGGAACAGAUUCCUGGUGUUCAAUAACAGAGAAAAACAAGACAAAACUCAAGUGAUGAAGCUGUUAAAGAUGAUAGAAGAAGUGAAGAGUAAUAAUCAGGGUGUAUACUUCACUAACAGCAUGUUUGAGGAGGCAGAGAUGUCCAUUAAGAAGAAGAUGGAGGAAAUACUGAAAGAGAGAGAAAGAGAGAUUCAGAAACAGAGAGAAGAGUUACAAGCCAAACAUAAGAUGGAGAUGAAGAGACUCGAGAAAGAGAAACAAAGAGCAGAAGAGGAGAGAAGGAAAAUGGAGAAUCAGCUAAAAGAAAAAGAGGAAAAAGUCAGAAAAGAGUUUAAAGAGAAGGAGAAAGCAGAUCAGAAGAAACGAGAGAUUGAAAACCAGAAACGGUUAGAAGAGGAAAAACAGCAGAGAGCUGAAUAUGAUCAGAGAAUAGAAGAAAUGAAGAGAGAGAUGGACAAUCAGAGAUCACAGUAUGAACAACAGCAGAAAGAAAGAGAAGAAGACAGAAAGAGAGAAGAGAAAUACAGACAAGACCAAGACAAGAUGAGAAAUGAACAAGAGGGAAUUAUAGAAGAAUUAAAGAUGAGACAUGAAGAAGAAACAAAACUGAGAGAUUUAGAGAAGAAAAGAAGAAACGAAGAAGAAGAGGAGGAAAGACAGAGAUGGAAAAGAAAAAUAAAAGAAGCUGAAAAUGACAGAAAAGAGAUUCAAGAGGAAAUUAAACAACAGCAGAGAGAAUGGGAGGAUGAGAUGAAGAGAAGGUUGAGAGAACGAGAGGAAGAAGAAAGAAAAAGAAAAGAGAAGCGCGAAGAACAACUGAGAGAAAAACAAGCAGAACUGGAGAAAAUGAGAAAGAGAUUUGAAAGAGAAAGAGAAGAAGAA